AUGUCUUCUAAUGAAAUUAUCGUUAAAGCAUCAUCUUCAUCUCCUCCACAAUUUGAACCAAAUUCUUACCUGUCACUUUCUUAUUAUGAAAACAAUCCAAAAGCAAAGGAUGAACUUAUUCAAAAAGCAACAGUACGUCUACGUUGUCGAUUAUUACAAGAAGGUCUUACUGAUGCCAACUCCAAAGUAUCUCAUUUAUUAUCAGAAUUGGAUAACCUUCGAAUUGAACUUGCGACAACAGAAAACGUUUUAUCCAAAUUCGGGGACCCUGAUGAUCGACAAAUUCAAGCCUUAGAACGACGUUUCAACACACAUCAGUUACAACUUGACAAUCUAUUGGCUAAUUCUAGGAUUCAUCAAGAAAAGGAACAAGUUACCAAACCAUCAUUACCUGCAAAUGCUGUUUCUGCCUCUACUUCCUUUUCCUCCACUUUAUCACGUAUGUCCUCCAUCUUCAGCUCUCGACAAAAAUCAGUGAAAAAGAAACCUUCUACAUCUACAGCUGCUGGCAUGGUGACUUUACAACAUAGUGAAUCUUCAGAUACCUGUUCAACAAGUGAUGAUGAUUUGAUGGAUGCUACACCUUCGGUACAGGAAGCUCAUGAAAGAAGGAUACAACGACGUCGACGGGUCAAACAAUUACGACAAGAAUAUCAACAGCGAUUACGAAUGUAUGAUCCUACCUGGAAUGAAGAUAAUGAUGAUUGGAAAAGUGCUCAUAGUCCUACUUCUUUGUCCAUGGAAAAAGAAAAGCAACCAGAUCAAUUAUUACAACCUGAACAACAAGAACAAAAACAACAACAAGAAGAACAAAAACAACAACAAGAGGAACAACAACAACAACAACAAGAAAAACAACAAGAAAAACAGCAACAACAGCGAGAUCAACAGCAUCCAAAGCAUCAUAAGCAGAAUCACCAAAAACAACGUCAUCAAAAGCAGAAACAGCCUGUUGUUUCCGACAAUACACCGGGUAAAAGGCGACCUUCUCAACAAAAGCAACCUCAAACGUCAUCAUCAGCAAAGAAACCUAUGACAACAUCCAUGGCCGCGCCACAAUCCAAUGCAACGCCCACUCAAUGUCUAUGCAAGAGAAAAACAAACAAGUCGGAUCCUGUCAAACACCACAAAGCUGCAUCUACUACCUCCAGAGCAUACAAGAGCAAACAACCGGAAGUGAGCUCAUCAUCCAUACCAGUGAAACAGCCGUUAUUACCGAUAGUAGAUGAAACAGCUCUUACAAAACCACCCUCUUUGGAUCAACCUGACUCAGCAAUACCUCCACUUCGCCAUAUGAAUAAAGUUGAUGACAGUACACCACCGUUACAACAUGGAGUAGCAGAAUGGGUUUUGGAACAACAACAACAGCAUCAUCAUCAUCAGCAUGAGCUUAGCAACGAUAUAUCACAUAUGACACAAGUUGGAAAGGAUGAAAAGAAGAAUGAUUCCUCAAUUACGAUGACACCAUUGUUUUCACCAUCACCACAUCAAGCCAAACAACAACAACAACAUUCAUCCCAUCUAUUUGAUGAUCUUCUACAAUGUUUGGAUACUAUCAGCGAUUUGGGUAAUGAUUUUGGAUUGGAACAAGAUUUAAGGUGCAUCUUAUCACAUCCAAUGCAACACCAUCAUCAUGAUUCAUCAGCUUGGUCUAGUGCAUCCUCGUCCAUCUCUUUAGACAAAUUCAAUAUUCAUUCGAAACAACUUCCAUUUUAUCUGUUACUGGCAAAUCAAGGCUUGGGAGCAUGCUCACGGUACUUACUGGCUUGGAUGGACAAGAGCUUAUCCUGGUGCAAAUUCCUUGCUGUCUUAUCCUUGGCUUGGUUGAUCAGUUUAGGUCGUGGACCUGAUCAUAUGUUAUUAUCACUUGACGAUCUGGAUUAUUUGGACCUCAUGGAUGAUCAGGACAAUAUGGAUGAUUAUGGUUGGAGUUACUAUUUAUAG